AUGGACAAGUUUCGGAUGAUCUUCCAGUUUCUGCAGUCCAACCAAGAGUCCUUCAUGAAUGGCAUUUGCGGCAUCAUGGCGCUGGCCAGUGCCCAGAUGUAUUCUGCCUUUGACUUCAACUGCCCCUGCUUGCCUGGCUACAAUGUGGCCUACAGCAUGGGCAUACUGCUGACGCCUCCCCUGGUGCUCUUCCUGCUUGGCCUAGUCAUGAACAACAACAUAUCCAUGCUAGCCGAAGAGUGGAAGCGCCCCCCCGGUCGCAGGGCCAAGGACCCAGCCGUGCUGCGCUACAUGUUCUGUUCCAUGGCCCAGCGAGCUCUCAUCGCGCCUGUCAUCUGGGUGGCUGUCACACUGUUGGAUGGCAAGUGCUUCCUCUGUGCCUUUUGCACAGCUGUGCCGGUGGCCACGCUAGGCAAUGGCAGCCUGGUGCCUGGCCUGCCUGCUCCAGAGCUUGCUCGCCUGCUGGCUCGGGUACCCUGCCCUGAGAUCUAUGACGGGAACUGGCUGCUGGCCCGAGAGGUGGCCGUGCGGUAUUUGCGCUGCAUCUCUCAGGCACUGGGCUGGUCCUUCGUGCUGCUGACCACAUUGCUGGCAUUUGUGGUGCGCUCUGUGAGGCCCUGCUUCACGCAGGCUGCCUUUCUCAAGAGCAAGUACUGGUCCCACUACAUCGACAUUGAACGUAAGCUAUUCGAUGAGACAUGCACAGAGCAUGCCAAGGCCUUUGCUAAGGUAUGUAUCCAGCAGUUCUUUGAAGCCAUGAACCAUGACCUGGAACUGGGUCACACACAUGGAGUGCUGGCCACAGCCACAGCCACGGAGGCUGCCCAAAGUCCCUCUGACAGGACGGAGGAAGAGAGGGAGAAGCUUCGUGGCAUCACUGACCAAGGCACCAUGAACAAGCUACUUAUAAGCUGGCACAAAUGCAAACCACCACUGCGGCUGGGCCAGGAGGCACCACUGAUGAGCAAUGGCUGGGCUGGAAGCGAGCUCCGGCCCCCUCGCAAAGAAGUGGCCACCUAUUUCAGCAAAGUGUGA